AUGGAGCCACUACUUCGGGUCCUGAUGGCCGAGGAGCCAGUCUCUAUGACGCCUCAACGAGCUUUCGAGCAGGCAGACGACCUCCUACAGCAAGCCGCAGCCCUACGAGAAAACGCCAAUGACCUCCGGGAGCAAGCUGAUUUCAUGUAUCAGCGAGCCAACACCCUCACCAAAACCGCUAAAGGCCUUCAGCAAAUCGCCUACCAAGACCGCGAGGCUAUGCAAGUCAUGUGGGACAAAAUCCUACGCAUGUCGAAGGAGGAUUUCGAGUUGUACUUGUCUGACUCCAAUCAUGCUGCUCGCUUCAAGGAGAUGGCGACACGCGUUGAAGAUGGUUUGGUCAACGUAGACCAGAUGAAUGCAUUCCUCAGCGACUUCCUGGAUUCCAUCGAUAGUGGGAAUCAUCGGAGGUCAGCAGCACCUGAACCAGAGAUCCCAGCAAUGGGCGAGCAAGCUGCUCGGAGCCUUUUGGAACCGGAGCCGAUCUGCAAACCAACCUUGAAACGACGAAUCUCUACUGCCAACGAGGGAGACGAGGCUGUCCCAUACCCAGCGGCAAAGAGGCUGAAGAGAAUGAGACACAAUGAAGAAUCAGGACCAUCUUCAGAUGGAGACAAGACCAUCAACGGCCAAGCUGUACGACCUCGUUCACGUGCGCCUACGGAUCGCAUCGUUUGCAGUCCCCAAGCCUCGACCGAUGCAGGAGAAACAUCAGGGACUGAAUCGGACUCUGCAGAGUAUGAAGAAUCUGGUGGACACCGGGUUGGAUCUGAGGCGACGGACUCGUCUGAUGAAGAGGAAAAGGCAUCUUCCACAUCGAGCGACAUUCAUACUACAACAGAAGCCUGUGACUCUGUCGACGAAAAUUCCUCGACGUCCAGUGAUGACACGAAAUCCGAAUCCGGGCGGUCAUGUACACCAACCAGCACGUCAGCAUCUUCAUGA